UUUUCUUUCUCCUAAAUAAAUAAAAGAUAUUAUUAUAAAGUUUGUAAUACCAACAAAUCAGUAUGUACCAAAGUGAACACCAAAAUGUUAUGUGUUGAAGCUAAGUGAGUUUGUGAGUUUAUAUUGUGAAUGUGGUGAGAUUGUUUGGUUUUCUUGGUUAAGUUGUUGCUAUUACGUGCAGCGUGCGCGGUAUUAAUGAAGAUUUAAACAAGACCAUUUCAUUUUAAAAUGUUGACAUUUUUGAGGAGUGUGCGGAAAUGUGCUAGUGUAUCUGAGUCUGCCCGGAAGAAAAUUGGAGUGAAACAUCGCACUGCGCAUAGUCGAACAAAUCAAUGCAAAAUAUUGGGAAUAGAAACAAGUUGUGAUGAUACUGGCUGUGCAAUUGUUGAUGAUUCAGGCAACAUUUUGGGAGAAGCUUUGAAUUCCCAGCAAGAAAUCCAUUUAAAUCAUGGAGGAAUUGUUCCCCCAGUUGCUAGAGAUUUGCAUCUCAAAAACAUUGAACACGUAGUCCAAAGUGCUCUGAAAAAUGCAAAUAUGAAAUUAGAAGAUGUAGAUGCUAUUGCAACAACAGUAAAACCAGGUUUGUCUCUUUCUUUACUUGUUGGGAUGAAGUAUGGAAAAAAAAUGGCUCUUGAAUCACAAAAGCCUUUUAUUCCCAUUCAUCAUAUGGAAGCUCAUGCAUUAACCAUUAGGAUGGUACAAAAGGUGGUAGAAUUUCCCUUUUUGGUGUUGCUAAUAUCUGGAGGGCACUGUCUUCUUGCAGUUGCAAGAAAUGUGGAUGAUUUUCUUCUUCUAGGUAAAAGCAGGGAUGAUGCUCCUGGAGAAGCAUUUGAUAAGGUUGCUCGACGCCUGAAGCUUCGCAACAGACCGAAUUUCUGUAAUAUGUCAGGAGGUGCUGCGAUUGAGUUAGCUGCACAGCAGGGUGACCCAUUGUCUCUCCCUUUUCCUGCAGUGAUGAGCCACCAUCGAGAUUGUGAUUUUAGUUUUGCUGGGUUAAAAAAUAAAGCACGAAGACAUAUAAUAGAUCAGGAAGAAAAGUUUGGUGUAGGAGAAGAUGGAAUUAUACCUGGAGUUCAUGAUGUGUGUGCAAGUUUCCUGUUGGCUGUUGCAAAACAUUUGUGUCGUAGAGUAGAAAGAGCUAUGGAGUACAUUGAAUUGAAAUGUCUCUUGCCACCUUCAAACCGAGUUUUGGUAGUAUCAGGUGGUGUUGCUAGUAAUAAAUACAUUGCACGGAUGUUAGGGGUUGUGUGCCGUGAAAUGAAAUACAAACUUGCAAUUCCACCUCCAAAAUUAUGCACUGAUAAUGGUGUAAUGAUAGCUUGGAAUGGAGUAGAAAAAUGGCGUGCUGGUAUUGGAAUUGCUAAAAAUAUUGAUGAAGUGGACAUUGAGGCCAAAUGUAUUCUAGGAAAGGAUAUAUGUUUGGACGUUGCAAAAGAAGAUCUAAAAUGUGAUUGGAUUAAAGAAAAAAUAUUAUUAGCUGGUUAACAUUUUAAUUUAAUUUUGUAAUUUCUUUUGUUUACAUAAAUUGAUUAAAUAAAAAUGUUAAAUCCCGUUGAGUAUCUUACCUUACAUGAUGUAAUGUUAUAUUAUACCAUUUAAGCAAACAGCACUUCCUGUUGUUAAAAACUCUUUUUAUGCUUUGCUUGAGGUCUGUAUUGGUCUAUUAUCUUUUUACCCGCACAUUCAGGUAUACGUGUGCCUCGCUCAUAAUCAGUUAUUAGAGCGUAGUCAAGGGAAAUCAAUUGAGGUAAUAAUGCAAUAACAAGCAAGCGAUAUGCCAAAAUUUUUUCAACAGGAUUACCUGUAAUAAACAGUAGCUAUGUUAAAACAUUAUCAGUAUCAACAAAAUUCAUGCUUUUUGCAAAAUAAUGACAAUAUGUACAAUAUAAAACAAAAACAAUGAAUGUUCAAAUAAUUGUUAUUUUUCACAGUUUACGUAUAGGGAAAUUAUUUUUCAUUCUUACCACGUAAUGUAAGGUAUCGUAAUGUUGGAACGUCACGCAAAGUAGCCAAUGGUGUUAAAGCCUUUAUUUUAUUACCAUGCAAAUAUAAGAUCCUCAAGUUUGGAAAUUUCAAAAUUUCCUGUAAUCCAGAAAUUGCAAAAUAUGAAUAGACUAAUUCUCUCAAAAGACAAUAAUUAUGUAUUUAAUUGUUUGUAAAUUAAUAUCAUAAAACAUUGUGUUAUAGAUAUUAUUUCAUUAUCAUAAACUUAAGCAAUACUUUUAAAGAGAAAGAAAUGUAUUGUAAUACAUACCGGAGAUACAUCACAAAAUUCAUUAAAGGAUAAAUCUAGCCACCCUAAUGCUUCAGGUUGAUCAAAGAACUUCUCAACAAAUGGGUACAAAUCAGUUAAAUUUUUUAAUCUGUUAUUAUUUAACCAGAGGGAUCUGGAUAUAAAACGGUUGUUUGAACUUCUGUCUGGAAGGCGACCAAGUCGACAGACCCUUGGUUUUUUACUAGAACCUAAGAACAAUACACAAAGUAUUUCAGUUGUACAAGCAGGAAUAUUGAAUGAAAUGGUUUGUGUGCAUGUGUUGAAAAUGUUUUUAAGUUGCAUGUAGGUUUCUUAGAUUCAUUCAUUAAAGUUAUUUUUCUCUUUAUCAUUCUUGUUUGCCCUCAUUUUCUUUUUUAAAGUAAAUGAUCUAGUCAGAAUAUUUGUGUGAUACACUAUUAAGAAUAUUCAAUUGUUCAAAAGUGAAUGAAUAGUAUAUACAAUACUCUCUCAUACCAGUGUAACUUGCUAAAUCAGAGAGCUUUUUAAAAGAGUGGUCAACAGGUGGACUGCAAAAUAUUAAAGUCUCUGGUUCUGGGCAAAAGUAUUUUGGUUUUUUUAUGGUUUCAUCUUCUUCAUAUUCAUUUGUAGUCAUAAUGCACUUGAAAUUUAAAAUUUUACAUACAAUUUUAAAACAUUUGUGUUUCUGUGGUAAUAAAAAGUAUCUCAACAAUGAGAAG